AUGACAAAGCUCAACGUCACUACCCCACCCGCUUCGGCCUCCAUUGAUGGCCCAAAGGGCACUGCCAAGACCGCUACAGACGACACGGAGCGCAGGAUGAGAGCAGAAGAGAAGCGGGAGUUUUCGGAAGCCCGCAGGGCGCAGCUACAGUACGCGUCCGUUAUCAAGACCAACUUGGAGGGCUUGCCGGACACGUUGCUCCACAACUAUGAGGAAGACGCUAUUAUCCCGGCGGGCCAGAGUAAAUUCCUCUACAAAACCGUGUUCAGCGACCCCGAUGCGUUUUUUGACGACAAACAGGACGUGGUGCGCUUUCUUAAAGCCAUCCGCCUGGUGGUGCGAGAGCUGGUCAAGGAUGUCAAGGAAAACCACUCCAAGAUGAAGUUCGAAACAAGGGACGCCGUGACGGCUGAAGCGAAGGACAAACCUAGUCAGGAAGCGGUGGUGGAGUUUAUCCAAAGCUUACACUUUUCACCCUCCACCUUUAACCUCAAGGCCAAGACCUUGUCCAUUAUUGUGUCAUCGAUAGACACGAUGGACAAGACCUUGGCUCAGAACAUCAAGGAAUACAUGAAAGCCUACGUAUCUACAGAGACUUUUUUACCUAAGAAGAACAACAAGGAGUUGGAAUGUCGAAUCAAACCGAUAUGGAUCCGAUCCAGCCCCAAGGGGUUCUUAGGGACGAUAGUGGUGGGGCUUCUGCUCCCAAACUACCGUGCGGGGGUGGGGGGCAAGAUUCUCAAAAGGUUGUUGCAGCCAAACGAUGUGAUUAUGUUUGGCACCGUUCCUUCCGCGGAAGACUGUGACCUCUUGUCCAUGACCACCCCUUAUGGCUUGACUAUGUUCUACUUUGUUGUAAGAAUAGCCUCCGAGAAGGUUCCGAAUGUUGAAUUCGCCUGGAGGAGGUUCCAGGUGCGUCUUAAGGUGCUUGCCGGCCGUAAGUGGUGCACGGUCGAAGGGCCACCUAGACCGUACGGUGUGCGGGGUGAAAGAGCCUCUUGCUUGAUGCAUCUGACAUGUGACAAGUGCGGGUUGGAAAAUGAAGUAUUUGGGUGUUUGAAUUUUUCCUGA